AUGCCUUCAUGGAAGUCCAAACGCAGCCUCGCGGAAUGUUAUUCCUUGAUGGCAACACCACGCUCUCCUCUGGAAACGGAGACCGCUCUUGUAGGCGGACGCGUGCAGAAGCAUGCCUCCCGAUUCGCCGGUCGCGAGUACCUUGUUUUCGAGAACGAGGGUUACACGUACCGCCAAGCCUUCGAUGCCGCGUCUGACGUGGCCAACACGCUCUCGCAAGAAUAUCACGUACGGAAAGGAGAUCGCGUUGCCAUAUGCAUGCGUAACGUCCCUGAGUUUCUCAUCGUUUUUUGGGCCACCGCCCUUCUCGGCGCAGUCCCGACUUUGAUCAAUGCCUGGCUCGCCGACGCAGCUCUCGAACAUUGCUUCAACAUCUCCUCUCCCACGAUCGCCUUCGUCGACCGUGAACGCGCAGAUAGGGUGGAAGGACUGCUUACAUCCUUCAAGCAAACGAUCCCCAUAAUCGUCGUGCGCGGUCACGAGGCGCAGGGUCAAGAAUGGAAGGGCAUGGCACCUUGGUCCCAAGUGUUCGACGGGACGCGCAUGAAUGCCGGGUUUUGGGAGAAAGAACCCAAUUGCUCGCCGGACGACGACGGCGCCAUCUUCUUCACGUCAGGGACUACAGCGAUGCCGAAGGCCACGCUAUCCUCUCAAAGGGCGUUUAUCAGCAACUCAUAUACCGUCAUGUUUGGUGUCGUAUUAGCGAACCUGAGACGUGGAGGAGCUAUGCCCUCUGUCGAUGACACCAAGCCACAACAAUCAUUUCUGGUCACCGCGCCUCUUUUCCAUGUCCAAGGGCUUGCCGCCAACAUGAUGUUGUGCACGCUCAGUGGAUCCAAAGUUGUUUUGAUGCGAAAGUGGAAUGUGGCUCAAGCACUUGAACUAUGUCUACGAGAGAACGUGACUGCGACUUCGGGGGUGCCGACCGUUAUCACAGACAUCAUGCGCUCCUCCAUUCCGCGCCAGAUCAGGUUUGAGGCGAUAUCAGUCGGCUCGGCGCCUAUGCCCGCCACUCUAAGCGCAGAAUUCUCCAAGAUCUUUCCCAACGUCCCUCUGUAUCAUGCUUAUGGUCUAACAGAGACGACAGGAGUCGUGACGGCCGUGUGUGGCGAGGACUUGUUCGAACGAGCGCCAACUAUAGGGGUGCCGACGCCUAUUUGUGACAUCCUCAUCAUCGAUUCGGAAACAUCUAGGCCAGUUCCAUCGAAUCACGUUGGCGAGCUUUGGGUUCGCGGUCCGAAUGUCAUGAAAUGUUACCUCGGCGACCCCUCUGCAACCAAUAAAGCCAUCACCUCUGAUGGGUGGUUCAUGACAGGCGAUUUAGCAGUGCAGGACGACGAUGGCUUUGUUUACAUCAGAGAUCGAGCGAAAGAUGUAAUUAUCCGAGGUGGCGAGAACAUACAUUCAACAACGAUCGAAUCAGCCCUUCUCGCCAAUCCUCAGAUACAAGACGCGGCAGCUGUGGGCGUGCCAUCGGCGCGCCUCGGAGAGCUCCCUGCGGCCAUCAUCUCCCUCUCUUCGACUUCCCUUGUUCCGGAUGUGGACCUCGAACGCACCCUGCUCGAAGACGUUCGCAGGCGACUUGCGCCACACGCGGUCCCCGUCCUGCUUCUGAUUAGGGACAAGCCCAUUGAUCGUAGCGCAACGGGGAAAGUCGACAAGGGUCCUCUGAGGAAGAUAGCCGCAGAAGAGUGGGAGCGGAGACAGGUCCAGGGCCGCGAGAAGGCAAGGAUGUAG